AUGGCUUUUCCAUUGGAAAUAGCCGUUGGGGAGAGGCUGCUGUCGUUGUCGACUGUCAGCCGAUCGACAGACAUCGGGGACAACGGGAAGCAGCCCCUGAGCAGUUUUCAUUUUGUGGGAGAGCGUCUACCAGAUGGGGGCAUUCAGUGGUUUCUUUCACCCUUAGAUGGCUACAAGCAAAAGAGGCUACGCGUGGAGGAAGCCGUGGUGGAAAAGGACGCGGGUAAUCGCGAUGUGUUCUUGCGCCUUGGCGAUUCCACGUUCCGACAGUACACCGUGAAAGGGUCUCCUUCACGCAUACAGGCCAUUGUGACCAAUAGAAUACGGCAGGAUGAGCUUAACGACUCUUCGGCAAACUCGCGGCAAUCUUCUUAUUUUCUUUCUUCUUCUUCUGCAACGCCGUCUAUGGUCUCGCAGCCAGGCACGCAGGAGGCGUGUCUUAUUUUGCCCGGGAGAGACGCCAACUUGUAUGACGGAUUAGAAAAGAAGUCCGUGCGAGUCACUCUGCGCUUGCCAAGUGACGAGGGCGAUGGUUGCAAGGAGGCUUUGACGAAACAAGAAGUCGAGGGGGAGAAGAAUGCCACCCUUCACUUGCCGCUUUUGAGGGUGCCGCAAAAACCAGCCACAAGAAUUAACUCCAAUGUCCGGCCCACCGGCUCCAUUCACUUGCGUCGGCUGCUGGGAGGGCAAUAA